AGUGUGUCACUUUAAACCUCCACAGCUACAUCCCACAGACUGCAUGCUACACCCACAACCACAUCGUGGUAUGGAGUUACUAGCGAACUAGAAGAAACUAAUUCAGCCUCCGAAUGACACCGACAGUGAAAAAACUGUCUACUCAGGAAAUGGACUUACUGAAUAUUAGUCGACAGUCUAACAGUGUGAAAGAAACGAACACCUUGAAAGAAUGUGAUACACACUGCCAGAAUGGUUUUGACACAGAGGAAGAACCUUUGCUCAGGGAAAACCCCAGACGGUUUGUCAUCUUCCCCAUCCAGUACCCAGAAAUCUGGAAGAUGUACAAACAGGCACAGGCCUCUUUCUGGACGGUGGAGGAGGUUGAUCUAUCCAAAGACUUGGUGCACUGGGACAGUUUGAAGCCUGAGGAGAAACAUUUUAUCUCCCAUGUUCUGGCUUUCUUUGCUGCCAGUGAUGGUAUCGUCAACGAGAACCUGGUGCAAAGAUUCAGCCAAGAGGUGCAGAUCCCUGAAGCUCGUUCCUUCUACAGCUUCCAGAUCCUCAUAGAGACUGUUCACUCAGAGAUGUACAGUAUGCUCAUCAACACGUACAUCAGGGACCUGAAGGAGAGGGACUAUUUGUUUAACGCCAUCCAGACCAUGCCUUGCGUGAGACGAAAAGCAGACUGGGCCCUCCAAUGGAUCAGUGACAGCAAAUCCACAUUUGGUGAGCGAAUUGUGGCUUUUGCAGCUGUGGAGGGCAUCUUCUUCUCUGGCUCAUUUGCUGCCAUCUAUUGGUUAAAGAAGAGAGGCCUGAUGCCUGGUCUUACUUACUCCAAUGAGCUGAUUAGCAGGGAUGAGGGUCUGCACUGUAACUUUGCCUGCCUGCUCUACAGCUACCUGGUGAAAAAGCCAUCAGAGGACAGAGUUAAGGACAUCAUCACUAAAGCUGUUAGCAUUGAGCAGGAGUUUUUGACAGAGGCUUUGCCCGUUGAUCUCAUCGGGAUCAACAGUUGCCUUAUGAAGCAGUACAUCGAGUUUGUGGCUGACCGGCUUCUCGCUGAUCUGGGACUGGCCAAGAUUUACCAAACUGAGAAUCCAUUUGACUUCAUGGAGUCCAUUUCACUAGAAGGGAAAACCAACUUCUUCGAGAAACGAGUAGCAGAGUAUCAGAGAUUUGGAGUCAUGUCAAGCAUGAUGGACGAUGAAUUCACUCUGGAUGCAGACUUCUAAAACCGGGAUGACAUUCUGUUAUAUGUUUGUUCUUAUUUAUUUACUUUUGUUUAAGCAGUUAUUGACAAAAACAGCCUGAAGUCCUGUUACAAUACUGUCAUAGUAUUACAAAAAUAAUGCUGUACUCUCUACUUUUUUGGUUUUUUAAGGAAUAGUGAAUUCCACCUUUACUAUGGUUUAUAAAUGUUAUAGGGGGAACAAAUGGGGAUUUAAAGAACUGACUUUGUGACUGUUUUGAUGCUGACAUACAACAGAAAGCUAUAUGGUUUAAUAGGUGAAGUGAUGAUUAUUUUGUACCUCACUGCACGUGAAGACGGUUAAUAUGGAGAUUACGUUUUAUUAAGCUUGCAGUUCUGGCUUCUAUAGUACAUUAUUUUAACAUUUUGCCAUUUUAAUUUAAAAUAAAAGGUUUUCAAAAUGCAAA